AUGGCGUCCGCCGAGCCCCUGACGGCGCUGUCCCGCUGGUACCUGUAUGCCAUCCACGGCUACUUCUGCGAGGUGAUGUUCACGGCGGCCUGGGAGUUCGUGCUGAACUUUAACUGGAAGUUCCCGGGGGUCACGAGCGUGUGGGCACUCUUCAUCUACGGCACCUCCAUCCUCAUCGUGGAGCGCAUGUACCUGCGCCUGCGGGGCCGCUGCCCGCUGCUUUUGCGCUGCCUCAUCUACACGCUCUGGACCUACCUAUGGGAGUUCACCACCGGCCUCAUCCUGCGCCAGUUCAACGCCUGCCCCUGGGACUAUUCCCAGUUCGACUUUGACUUCAUGGGCCUCAUCACCCUGGAGUACGCCGUGCCCUGGUUCUGCGGGUCCCUCAUCAUGGAGAAGUUCAUCAUCCGCAACACCCUCCGCCUCCGCUUUGACAAGGACGCCGAGCCUGGGGAGCCCGGUGGCCCCCUGGCCCUGGCCAACGGCCACGUCAAGACAGACUGA